AUGAGUGCUUUUUGUGGAUCGACAAUAAAGUGUAAGGACACGUGGAUCAUCGAUUCUGGCGCAACGCAUCACAUGGCUCCGAAAGAAGAAUAUUUUUCGACGAUUGACAAGAGUUCUCACAUCGAAGGCAUCGCAUUGGCAGACGGAAGAAAAGCAUCCUCAAUGGGGAAAGGUGCCGUCAGUGCGGUAAUCAAGUCAGAUAAUUCAGGAUCUGUGGUUAAAUUUAAAACAGAAAAUACUCUAUUAGUACCAGAUAUUAAAUGCGGUAUUUUAUCGGUGAAACAGCUUAUUGAAAAUGAUAGAGAAGUGUUAUUUAACGAAAAAGGCUAUUUUAUAUAUGACAAAACUGGAAAUUUGCUAAUAGAAGCAAAAGAGAAAGAUCGACU